AUGAACGUUAGUGAAAUUAUCAGAUAUCAUGGAUACCCCAGUGAGGAAUAUCAAGUUACGACGGAGGAUGGAUACAUUCUUGGUGUUUUCAGAAUUCCUGCUGGGAGGAACAGCCAAAAUACAGGGAAAAAGCCUGCAGUCUUGCUACACCAUGGUACUUUAGGAGAUUCUAUUCACUGGAUUUCUAACCUGCCCAACAACAGCCUAGGCUUCAUCCUCGCAGAUGCUGGCUAUGAUGUCUGGAUGGGAAACACCCGAGGAGACACCUGGUCUUUAAAACACAAGACCCUUAAACCCUGCCAGAAAGAGUUCUGGCAGUUCAGCUUCGAUGAGAUAGGUAAAUACGAUAUUCCAGCAGAGCUGUACUUCAUCAUGAAUAAAACUGGACAGAAAAAUGUAUACUAUGUUGGUCACUCAGAGGCUUCAACUGCAGGCUUGAUAGCAUUUUCUACUUAUCCUGAGUUGGCUCAAAGGGUUAAAGUAUUCUUUGCUUUGGGACCAGUAGCCACAAUCACACAUGCUACCAGUCCUCUGGUAACAUUUACACGUCUUCCCCAAUCAUUGAUCAGGUUACUACUGGGCUGCAAAGGAGUUCUUCACCAGAAUGAACUGCUGAAAGGGCCUCUAACACGGAUCUGCAGAUCUCUGGGAAAAGUUUGUGGCAGUAUCUUCUGCUACAUAGCUGGGGGCACAAUACAAAAUUUGAACACGAGUCGAAUAGAUACAUACGUAGGACAUUACCCUGCUGGAACAUCAGUACAGAACAUUAUUCAUUGGCAUCAGCUAACACGUGCAGACCGAUUUCAAGCUUAUGACUACGGCUCUAAGGAAAACAUGAAGAAAUACAACCAGUCUACUCCUCCUGCAUACCAGAUAGAGAAGAUAAGCACACCAACUGCUGUUUGGAGCGGUGGACAUGACAAAUUUGCAGAUCCGAAAGACAUGGCAAAGCUACUUCCUCGGAUUACUAACCUCAUUUACCAUGAGCAUUUUCCUGCUUGGGGACAUCUUGAUUUCAUCUGGGGCCUUGAUGCGACUGAGAGAAUAUCAAUACCACAUAUUCCAUCUGAGACAGAGGUGUUAUCCCAUGAAAACCCAAAAACGGGAGAUACUAAUUUCUCUGUUGAAGUAUUACUGAUCUUUGUUUAAACUAAAUCAUCUGUCCUCUUGAUGGAGUGUUUCGCCUGUUUUCCUCUCCUCACAUUACUAACAGCAGCAAGCCAGAACCAAAAGACCUUCAGCUGUAAGACUACCCUGGCAUCUAAACAGACAGUAGUUGUUUUUAAUGGCCCAACUGAGAAGGAAUCCAACAUCAGAAAACUUAUGUCAGAGAGAAAUCACUUGAUUGUUGGACAGAUGCAGAUACUCGCUUACCCUCACACUAACUAGCCAUUUGUUAACCCCCUUACUACAAAGGGCACAACUGCCUUCAUACUCAUAACCUGGCAAUUGAGGAUAGAGGAGAUGCAGACAUAGCAACAGCCUGCACACAAAGGACGACAGCAUCCAUCUCAAGAAAUACUCCUGGCACUGUCAGUAAAGAAGUUGUUUCAAGUUCUUUUAGCUUCUCAGUUCACCAUGUUAGUGUGUCCCACUUGCACACCUACAAGAUUAUUCCAGGAGGUAAAAGAUAACAUCAAAGGGUUCAUCAUUACAGGCCAAGGCAAGGCAGCUCAGGCACCGUGGGUGUUUCUGGGUGGGUCUUAAGCCCAGAUUCCUCAAUCAAGACUUGUGGCAAAUGAAACCCAUUUGAUGAUAAUCUGGGAGAUAGAUACCAAUAUCUAAACAAAACAUGUUUGUCUCAUGCAAUAUAGAAAACACACGCUAAGGAG